AUGACCCAAGCCCCCACUCUGGAACCUUCCUUGACCCAAGCCCCCACUCUGGAACUUUCCACGACCCAAGCCAGCACUCUGGAACCUUCCACGACCCGAGCCUCCACUCUGGAACCUUCCACGACCCGAGCCUCCACUCCGGAACCUUCCUCGACCCAAGCCCCCCACUCUGGAACCUUCCAUGACCCAAGCCCCCACUCUGGAACCUUCCACGACCCAAGCCCCCACUCUGGAACCUUCCUCAACUCAAGCCUCCACUCUGGAACCUUCCACGACCCAAGUCCCCCACUCUGGAACCUUCCUCGACCCAAGCCCCCCACUCUGGAACCUUCCUCGACCCAAGCCCCCACUCUGGAACCUUCCUCGACUCAAGCCCCCCACUCUGGAACCUUCCAUGACCCAAGCCCCCACUCUGGAACACUGCCGCGACCUUCCAGAGCCACACCCCCACAUUAG